AAUCGAUCCGGCAACACUGAAUAAAACCGAACAUGUGAUAACGUCUAGGCAAUAUGGCGUAUUUGCCGGUUUUUUCGUUUCUUGUGUAGGAUAUAACUUGAAUUUUACGUUUAUAAUUAAUCAAUUUCUGUUUUAUUUUUCAUCCUAAACAUGUGCACGGCAUCUUCCAAGGGAUUAAAGUGUAGUAACCUACACGAAUACCUCAGAACUCUGUCUCAAGUUACAUUAAAUCGACUCUAUUCUCAUCCUGCAGCAUGUCUGGCCGUCUUCAGGGAGUUACCUGUGAUGGCCAGACACUACAUAAUGAGGUUGCUCUUUGUGGAGUCUACCGUUCCGCAGGCGGUAAUAGGCGGAUGGAUCAACCAACACAACGUCAAGAAGCAUCUGGAUGCUGUCGAAGUACUCUGCGAACUGCACCUGUGGAAAGAAAACCCUAUGCCGGGAGGAUUGCCCGGUUGGCUUCUCCAUAGUACUUUCAGAAAGAAUAUUAAAACUGCAUUAUUGGGAGGGGGCCAACCUUGGUCGGUAUGCACUACUUUGGAAGAAGAUAAACAUGCCAGGGAUAUUGCUUUCUUAGACACGUACGCAAUGGAAAGGUGGGAGAGCGUGCUACAUUUUAUGGUCGGUUCGCAACAGUCUACGGAAGGAAUCAGUAGUGAUACUAGAACGAUUCUUCAGCUUGCCAAACUGAUGAAAUCAGAGGAAUCUGAAUCGACGCCGACGAUAACGACCGAGGGAUUCCAGUUCCUGUUAAUGGACACGUCGUCUCAAAUUUGGUAUUUUAUGCUGCAGUAUCUCAAUGCAGCCGAGGAGAGAGGACUGAAUUUAACGGAAUGUCUGACAUUUCUCUUUCAGUUGAGUUUUCUUACUUUAGGAAAGGUUUACAGCACGGAAGGAAUGAGUGAAACGCUACUGACAUUCCUGCAACAUCUCCGAGAAAUCGGUUUAGUUUACCAACGAAAGCGGAGAUCUGGAAGAUUUUAUCCUACUCGUUUGUCGUUAAACAUUGCUUCGGGUAUGAAAGAUGCUAAUCUCGACAUUCACAGGCCAGGAUUCAUCGUAGUAGAAACCAAUUACAGAGUUUAUGCAUAUACAGAUUCUCAAUUACAAGUGGCAUUGCUUGGUCUAUUUUGUGAAAUGCUAUAUAGAUUUCCAAAUUUAAUAGUUGGCAUCUUAACCAGAGACAGCGUCAGGCAGGCAUUGAAGAGCGGUAUAACUGCUGAUCAGAUUAUUAACUUUCUGAGAAUGCACUCCCAUCCGAUAACUGUAAACGAGCGAACUUCCGUUCCCGCCACUGUGACGGAUCAAAUUCGUCUAUGGGAGAUGGAGAGGAAUCGCUUCAUCUUCAAGGAAGGCGUCCUUUAUAGUCAGUUUCUGUCUCAGAGCGAUUUCGAACUGUUAAGAAAUUACGCAAGGGAUAUCAAUGUUUUAAUCUGGGAUAAUCCAAUAAAACGAGUCAUCGUGGUUAGUAAGACGGGUCACGACGACGUCAGGAGAUUUUGGAAACGUCACAGACAAGACCAUUAGGAAUUUGUUAAUAAUAAUUGUUACGCGAGUCCAUUUGUUAGACCAAAGUUACAUUUAGUGUGACAUGAGGUACGUUGCGGAACGAACAAUCAAAAUUCGAUGCCACUGCGUCGUAAACAUUUCAAAUUGCGUCUCGUAAGGCUCAUAGUUCAUCCGUUGUAAUAUUUUAUUAAAGUUUGAAGCAAUUAUGCAGUAAAUGACAUGUAAAUAAGUAUAUUUCUUUAUCAUUUUAAACAUUUUAUUACCUGAUCUUUGUUACCAUUUUUUAUCAUGAUAAGUUACGUGUAAUUAUCAUGCCGAGGUGUGUAUGUAUG